AUGAAGGCGAGACUGACGGUCCACCAAGGUCUUACAGGACAGUAUAAGGACAUUCUCACCACAUACUGGCAACAAACCAUCAGCCAUCUGGAGCAAGAGAAGCACGAGUUCAAGAUUCACCAGUUGCCUUUGGCUCGUAUCAAAAAGGUCAUGAAGGCGGAUCCAGAGGUCAAGAUGAUUUCCGCAGAGGCACCAAUCUUAUUCGCCAAGGGCUGUGACAUUUUCAUUACUGAGCUAACUAUGCGCGCCUGGAUACAUGCCGAGGAAAACAAGCGACGAACACUGCAAAGGUCUGACAUUGCCUCGGCGCUUGCCAAAUCUGACAUGUUCGAUUUCCUGAUCGACAUAGUUCCAAGGGAAGAGGCGGCGUCCCAUGCCAAAAGAGCCAACGCGCAACCUGCAGCUCCUCCGCAAGCAAUGGCCACUGCCGGGCAACCUCCGAUACCUGGACAGCAUGGAACUAUGCCACCAGGCCCACCUGGCCAUUCCCUCGGACCAGGCGAUUACAUGGGAACUCACUCGAUGGCGCCGGAACAAGAGUAUCGCCAGAAUGCUGGCAUGUACAGUGGCCAGGUGCCACCCGGCCCUGCGCCCUCCUAUGGACAGGCACAACCGCAAAUGUAUGGAGAGAUAGAGGGCAUGUAUCCGUACCCUGGCAUGCAGCCUCAACAGGCCCCCAUGUCAUCCGAGGACUUCGAAUAG